UUGGUUCUUUGUCUGGUAACGUGUCGAUUUACUUGAUGUAAAUAUUGGUACAGAUUAGCUGACAGCUACUGUAUCUACUUGAAGAACUUUCUGAAUUGUAAUUGCAAUGUGCCGAUAAAACAAAAAAUACACCAAUUGAAUAAACAGUUGACGAGGCGAUGGAGAAUAUUCAAAAUCUUCCCAUCGACAUACAGACCAGUAAGCUGUUAGACUGGCUGGUGGACCGACGACACUGCAGUCUGAAAUGGCAGAAUGCCGUGAUGACCAUCCGCGAGAAGAUCAACACAGCCAUGCAGGACAUGCCCGAGAACGAGGAGAUCAAGAAGCUUCUCUCAGGCUCCUACAUCCACUACUUCCACUGCUUGCGGAUAGUAGAUAUCCUGAAGGGGACUGAGGCCUCCUCAAAGAACAUCUUUGGCAGAUACUCCUCUCAGAGGAUGAAGGACUGGCAAGAAAUAGUGUCCCUCUAUGAGGCAGACAGUGUUUACUUGGCGGAGGUGGCCAGCCUGUUGAGCCGCAGCGUGAGCUACGAAGGCCCGGCCCUGAGGAAGCAGUUGGCCAAGGCCCAGCAGCUGCAACAGGAGCUGAGCCGGAGGGAGAUGGAGUGCCUGAGCUCCGCCGCGGACCUGCGGGAGCGCUUCUACGCCGGCUGCAAGCAGUACGGCAUCACGGGGGAGAACGUGGCUCGGGAGCUGCAAGCUCUUGUGAAAGAUCUACCAACGACCCUCAGGGAAAUAGGGAGGGACGUCGCCAAGCUAGAGCAGCAGAUCCAGCUCUACGCAGCCUUCGCAAAAUUUGUCUGUGACUGGGAUCAGCCUGUGCUGCCAUUACUCACCUUUGUCCAACUGAGAGGCAACACUACAUUCUACGAGUGGCGGACGGGAAUAACACCAGCGGUCAUCGAGAGGCCGAUAAUGGAGGAGGCGCCCCCCGAUACUGCCGCAGAAGAAACGAUUGACUGGGGUGACCUUGGCGGUGGGACAGGGACAGCUGGGAACCAGGAUGUGAUCACCGUGGAGGAAGGUGUGGUGGACUGGGGCAUUAGCCUGGCGCCAGGCUCUGAGGACAAUGAUGCAGGAGGCAUCGAUUGGGGUGAGAGUGAAACCCCUGUAGAAAUUGAGAUUGUAGACAUGGGCACAGACUGUCCGGAGGGCCUGGCCAGGGGGGAGGACGCUCUGUCUCUACUGGAGAUCCCACAGACCCGCACCCAGUUCAUCGACGAGCUGAUGGAGUUGGAGGUGUUCCUGGCCCAGCGACUGACAGAGAUGGGCGAGGAGGGUAACGUGGUGGCCAUGAGCCAGUUCCAGCUGGCCCCCUCCGUCAUCCAGGGGCAGACCCGCCAGCAGGUCCAGCAGAUGCUGGCCGAGGUGCGCCACCUGCUGGACAGACUGACCAACCAACGAAUGCAGCACCUCUUCAUGAUCCAGGCGUCGCCCCGGUAUGUGGAGCGUGUUUCUGAGGUCCUGAGGCAGAAGCUGAAGCAGGCAGACAUCUUGUUGCUGAAGCAGGCCACGCUGGCUGAGAGGAGACAGGAAGCCCUGGAAGAGCAGGCUUCCCUGGAGCCCCGGAUCGACCUGCUGAUUGAGCGCACCCACCAGCUCCAGAAACUGAUCUCAGCUGACAUUUCCAGACGAUACAACAACCGGCCUGUCAAUUUGAUGGGAGUCAACGUGUAGCUGCAUGAUGGUGGGUGGAGAACUAAGUGCAAUUGAAAUCGCUGGCCAAGGUAGAACGCUGUCCUCAGCCUUGGUUUUGACCAGCUGGUUUGGAGAAGACUGCCAUCUCUGCGUUGUACGGGCGGAGCAUGUGAGCGUGUGUAAGAUGAAAGGAGCCAAGGCCAUGUAGUGUCCUAAAGAUUAAGAGUAAGAUCUUACAACCAGCCCUGGGUGCAAUGGGGGGGGGAAUGCCCCUCUAGCAAGAAUGCUUUGACCCCAAAAAUAGAUUUGGUAAGAUGCUUCCCAGUACUGUACUUAACUAAUUACCUUUAGGAAUGUAGCUCUCUUGCCUUCAUCUGCAAAUGCGAUAGAUGUGCUUUAUUAAAUAGUAAUCUACAAAGAAUGUGUAACUACUGCAGUAACUAAAAGCUUUCAUGUUUGAUUGACAGAGGUGUAUUUUGCUAUUAUAUAGGCUUAGCCUCAGCAAGCUAUGCCUGCUAAAAUUAUUUGCUUUUCAUCCCUCACUCAUGCUGAAAUUACAUUGGUAAGUAGGAUAAACAUACUCGCCCAUGGAAAUCCAAUGCCCGUCCAAAAUGUUUGCUCUUGGGACGGGCCUGCUUACAGUUUGGCCAGGGCUACAACCUAAAUAUAUGCUGUUGGGGGUACUGGAGGACAAGUGUUGGGAAACACUGAUCUAAACAUCAGGUUGCAGCUGGAGGCUCUGAUUCGACCGUGGAGUCAUCUGUUCACCCCCGGGCAGCUAGCUAUGUAAUCGCUCUUGUGAAACUAAUUUGGAUGGCGUGAUUGAGAAGCUAGCAUUAAUGAAUCUCAAGAGAGGAAUAAACAGGAUGGUGAGAAGGCUGAAAUGUUUGCAUGGGACUGAAGAACACAUUAUUCUGUGAAGCUGUCAUGAGGGGGUUCUUUUAAAAUCACACAAAGCACAACAUUUAUUUUUACUAAGUCUGUUGAAAUGAGAGGAUUAGGAAAAUCCAUGCUAUUUUCAUGAAAAUUUCCUAACUUUCCAUCUCUUUUUUGUCUCUAGCGUCUCUCUUUUCUUAUAGGUCAGGACAAAUAAGUUGAGUCACACAGUAUGAUAGUAGAAUCAUUUUCAUGUAUGUUACAAGUUUCUCAUUAUUAAGCUAAAUUGAUUUGUCUUGUAGAAAUCCAACAGUAAAUCACUGCUUCUUACAGCUGGUUCACCUCUGAAACAAAGCAGGGUUGGGAGUUGUUGCUAACAUUGUGGUGCUGGAAGGCCUGAGAUGACAAUCUCUAUGCUGACUGAAUUGAAUAUGCUGGUGUAGGCAUAGACCAAUCCCACUUAAUGUAAGAGUAUUGAUGUUAACCCAAACUGGCCCUAUUACCAUCAUGGCCUCUAAAUCAUCUUCCUCAGUCUUAAUCGGUACAUCUCGCCUAAACCGUAAGUCUCUUCGCAUCAUAGCUGGCGUGUGGUGAGCGUUUGUGCACGAAUAGGUCAACAUGUGUCACCCAGCUAGGUGCUGAGGCUGUUUUGAGUACCAUAGUAGGUUCUGUGUCAAUCCGAUAAUAUGAUUGAAUUCAUUGUACUCCAAAACUCCUAUCAACAUACUGAUGUUCUUGUCCGGUGGAGAGAUGAUGGGUUUUGCUGGGCCUCUAAAAGGCUAAGGUUGCCAAGGCAACUGGCCUAAUGUCCUUUUCUUUUGUCACUUGCUCGGUUGCUGAUCGCUUCAGCCUCAAAAUCUCUCUCUUGGCUGGUGUGGUCAGAGUACACACAUACCCUGUUAAACAUGCUUAGACUAUUCACACGUCUUCAAUUUCCUUGCUGAAGAAAGAUAACUGCAAUAAGGACGUUGUUGGAUCUCUCAUGGUGUUCAUUCCGGUCAUAAUUCUAUCACAGAUAUAUUUUCCGAACUUUAACUGAUGUUUAAGCUGUAUAGAUGGGAUUGAAUACCCUUGUCAGUAAACAACACGAUAAACAAAGAUGUAUUUUGUGAUGGCAUAGGAACUGUUGCCAUCCCCCAUUCUGUCACCACAGUAAAGCAGUGAUAUAACAUGCAUAGGUUGAAUAUCUGAGUGGAAGGAUAUUUGAUUGGUCCAACAACUUGAAAUUCAAUUCAAAAUUCAAACUUAUACAAGGUGGUCAUUGAGGGAUGGUUCUUUCCUGUGCAGAAUGUGGUUAAUGUACACUCCCUCCCCCCACAGUCCCUUUGUAGCAUAGAUUUGGAUUUUGGACUUUAGGUCAUGCGUAUCGUCUUUGCUUACCUCUUUGAUUAAUGCUUACAUUUUACUUUGUUACAGUUUUUUUUAAACUUCUACUAAAUGUUUACGUCACAUGAUGUGUGAAACCUGUCACUCAAUAGAGCACACACCAAGUCUGCAAAACUAUAAGCUAGUUCUCUGCAUUUCGCUGGACUGAGAGUACAGCCCAACUUGAGUCGGUUUACCUUGACAACCAUAAUUUACAGUGGCAACCCAUAUCCUAAAUCAGUGUCUCCCAACCUUUUUCAGUUACUGUACCCCCAAAAUGUUUUUGCACUGCUUUGAGUACCCCUGAAGUA